AUGUCAAGGCUUUUCAUCGGUACCGUUUCGGCGUGCUCGGGCGCCGUCAUCUUCGGUUGUCUCAUCUACAUCACAUUUUUGUUCAACGACAUCAACGCAUGGCAUUCGGAGGUUGUUGAGGAUAUGAAGGAGUUCGAGCUCAUUGCCAAAGACACCUGGAAGGAUAUCAUGCUUGUGAAGGCCGCUGACAGCGGAAUCAAAUCGGUUGAAGGAUUCAUCUUCCAGCGCAACAAGAGAUCGGCCUCGUGCAAUUGCGGUCCUCAGCCAAACAACUGCCCAGCUGGACCACCGGGACCACCAGGACAGCCAGGAGAGCCAGGAGAGGAUGGUGCUCCAGGAGUCGCUGGAAAUAAUGGAAUGGAUGGUGUCGCCGCCGCCAAGGAUCCUUAUGAUCAGCAGCCAUGCAUCUCGUGCCCAGCCGGUGCUCCAGGACCAGCAGGACCCGACGGUCCAGCUGGACCGGCAGGACCAGACGGACAGCCAGGACAGCCGGGACUUCCAGGAAAGGAUGGAGCUCCAGGAGCCCCAGGACCACAAGGAGAUGCCGGAAACGAUGGUGAGAACGGACAAGACGGUGCUCCAGGAGCCCCAGGACAAAACGGAAAGCGCGGAAAGGGAGCCCCGGGUCCACAAGGUCCACAGGGACCAGCUGGUGCCCCAGGAAAAGACGGUGAGAACGGAAAGGAUGGAGCUCCAGGAAAGGAAGGACCACAGGGACCAGCCGGAGCCCCAGGAAAAGACGGAGAGACCGGACCAGUGGGACCACAGGGAGAGAAUGGACCAAACGGUGAGCCAGGAGCUGAUGCCGCUUACUGUCCAUGCCCGAAGCGAACUGCUGACUAUGGAGUCGCCGAAGCUCCAGCAAUUGCUCCAACUGGAGAGUACAACAGAAGACGCGCUCGCGCUUAA